AUGCCGUUCGCGACCGUUAAUGGCCACCGGAUCCACUACAUGGACACCAAGCAGCAAGGCGCCACUAUUAUCGACAAUCACUUACCGAUUGUGAUGAUCCACGGCCUUGGCUCUUCUCAGAACUACUACGUCCCAGUGAUUGGUCAGCCGGAGCUCCAAGGUCAUCACUGUUUAGCACUCAGCACAUACGGUGCUGCCCAGUCAAAGUCGCAGGGCGAGAAGCUCACUCUGGAGCAAUUGGCAGAUGAUGUGGUUGCAAUGAUGGAUCAUGUCAACAUUCGGAAAGCGAUCAUCGCCGGUCAUUCCAUGGGAGGUCCGAUGGCUUUCACGAUCGCAGCAAAGUAUCCGGAUCGUGUGGCGGGAGUGGUUGGCAUUGGUCCAGUGAACCCAUCGAGUGUCAAUCCUGCAGUCUUCCAAUCCAGGAUCGAAACUGUGACCAAAGAUGGCAUGGAUCCUCUUGCGAACUCUGUCCCGCAAGCCGCUACGAACGCCAAGUCAACACCGCUGCACAGGGCAUUCAUCAGAGAGCUCAUCACGAACCAGGAUCCGAAGGCGUACGCCUCGCAUUGCGAGGUCAUCGUGAACAUGAAGGAUGCUGGCUUCGAACUAAUCAAGGCACCAGCAUUAAUCCUCGCCGGUGACGAGGACAAGUCUGCACCGAUGGAGGGCUGUCAGUAUAUCCACUCACACCUCGGCAGCCAGCAAAAGGAGUUGAAGGUGUUGAAGGGCGUUGGCCAUUGGCAUUGUAUCGAGGCUCCGGAGCAGGUUGCGAAGGAGAUUGCGGCCUUUGCAUUCAAGGUCGCCAAUGCAUGA